AUUAAACACACACAUACACACAGACCACCUUGAUCUUUGCAGGUGAGACCAAUCAAUGCAGGUAGCCCCAUGUCCUAAAUAUAAAGAGGUAGACCAUGCUAAUGGUGGGCAGUUGUUCAAGAGGCAGUUUGAUGAGAGAAAGGUUUCUGUGAGAGCCCAGAUGGAGCUAUUCCUUAGAGAGAUCAACUUGGCUUCAGAGAGUAUGUCUGGAUUUAAAGAAAUGUAUAGCUAUGAGAAUCGCCUGAAAACCUUUGCAGAAUGGCCUCUUAAGGAGAAUUGUAAAUGCACUCCUGAAAAUAUGGCUAAAGCCGGUUUUAUCCACUGUCCAAAUGCCAGUGAGCCUGAUGUGGCCAAAUCUAAAACCUUGGAUGUGGCAAAGUGUUUCUUCUGCUUGACAGAGCUGGAGGGCUGGGAGCCAGAUCAUGAUCCUUGGGUGGAACACUCCAAGCGGAGCCAAGACACUUGUGGGUUUUUAUCCCUCUCCAAGGAUGUGGAUGACCUGACAAUAGAGGAAUACUAUCAAUUAGAGAAGGAGAGGGUCAAGAUUUUUCUUUGUAAAGCUGCAAGAAGUGUAAUAAGUUCCUUUGAAAAAGAAGUGGCUGCGACCAGGAAACGUCUUGUGGAUCACUUUGUGAAGAAGUACCAGUAUGCUCCUGAAUCGGAGAACCCAUUCUAGACACUCCGUCCCCACCCUUCUUUACUGCAGAAAGAACUUCUGCCUGCCACAUGGAAUGAAGAGUCUAAUAAUGGAUUUCAGGGGAGGCUAUUGUUGAUGUUGCAAUCGGCAUGUAUUCAUUCACAUUUUAGGCAAUCAGAUGCUGACUGAGCAAUGAGCUUUCUCAGAUAUUUAUUUGUAUAUUUUUAUGACUGAUGCAUGUUGUUAGUAAUGACAGCCUUCAUGAAACUAGCAAGUUUUGCUCCUCUAUUUUUUAUGUUUUGCAAAAAUAAAGUUUUGUAUGACCACUC